UAUUCUCGUUGUAGCACGUCGACAAAAUAACCUUUUCAAUCAUGGCGCUGCUAUCGAAUCAUCACUGCAAUUAUCAGAAUACCCAAUCCGACAUGAUAACACCUGCAUAUUCAAAUUCAGCGAGGAGCUACGAUCCCCUGUACCCGUCGCCGUACAAUUCUCCGAGUUAUGACUCCACGAGAAUCACGUAUCGAGACAAUUGCACGCACGAGAACGAGCUCACACCGCGAAGAGAUGUCGAAACGCUGGAUUACGCCAAAGACGUGGUGUCGGAGUACACGAAGACUCCGGAAGGAUACGAUCGAGGACCUUACGGCGUCCUGACGCCCGUCACUCCGCAAAGGUACGAGCCGCCGCACACGAUGGAUCGGAUUACCUCGCCGCGAUCGACAUUGUACGAAGAAAGCUCAAUGGACUAUCAGCCGUCAUAUUGCUAUGAAACGCCUCCUCAGGAACCGAGAUACCAACCCCUGGAGAACAGCAAGCCGAUCCUCACGAUCGUCGAACCGCGCGCCAAUUGCUGGGAGCCCAUUAUUUCGACGCAGAAAAUGCCAACGACACCACCGGUGAGUCCGCGGAAGGGCAGACGGAGAUCCCGUGACGUGCCGCCGUCGCCGACGGUGCUGAAACGUCGACGUCUCGCUGCGAAUGCACGCGAACGACGUCGCAUGAACGGCCUGAACGACGCCUUCGACAAGUUACGCGAGGUCGUGCCGAACCUCGGGACCGACCACAAACUCAGCAAGUUCGAGACUUUGCAGAUGGCACAGAGCUAUAUAGCCGCUUUGUGCGAUCUUUUACAGAGACACGACAGCAAGAGAUAGACACGGAUCCCGCAGCCGAAGCAAGUAUCGUGUGCACGAUUCAUCCUUUCAAUAUCCCGGUAUCGUUUUUUUAAAAAAAAUGUAUAUCCG